UACUAUCACAAUGUGAUUAACUUCAUGUAACUAUCUUUUAUAAGGGAGAAUCAAUAUUUAUUGAGUAUUUGGUUUGUUAGUUUCUAUCACCAUAUAGUCACCAAUCACCAUGCCAUUUGGUUUGGUCUCAGCUUGGAACAAACGGCGGCGAAGCAAGUCUCGAGAUCAUUCAGACCCUUGGAUUUAUAAACCUGCAGAGGUUUGGCAACUUGAAGAUCAAACACCACAACCUACUAAAAGGAGGCAUGGAUCAAAUGUUUUCACACUCAAGGAGAUGGAAAGUGCAACAUAUUCAUUCAGUGAUGAUAAUCUUAUCGGAAAAGGAGGAUUUGGAAGGGUCUACAAGGGCACUUUGAAGUCAGGAGAGGUUGUAGCAAUAAAGAAAAUGGAAAUGCCUGCAAUUGAGGGAGAGCGUGAAUUUCGUGUAGAAGUUGACAUAUUAAGCAGGCUCGACCACCCAAAUCUUGUUUCUUUGAUAGGGUAUUGUGCUGAUGGGAAGCAUAGAUUCCUAGUAUAUGAAUAUAUGCAAAAUGGAAACCUGCAAGAUCAUUUGAAUGGAAUCAGGGAAAGAAAAAUGGAUUGGCCUGAAAGACUAAGAGUGGCAUUAGGAGCUGCAAAAGGGCUUGCUUAUCUUCACUCAAGUUCUUGUGUUGGAAUUCCUAUUGUUCAUAGAGAUUUCAAAUCCACCAAUGUUCUUUUAGAUUCCAAUUUUGAAGCAAAGAUAUCAGAUUUCGGGUUUGCAAAGCUAAUGCCAGAAGGACAAGAGAUACAUGUAACUGCCGGAGUACUCGGCACAUUUGGGUAUUUUGACCCCGAGUAUACAUCGACUGGGAAACUAACUCUACAAAGUGAUGUUUAUGCUUAUGGUGUUGUUCUUCUGGAGCUUUUGACAGGACGUCGCGCUGUAGAUCUAAACCAGGGUCCAAAUGAUCAAAACCUUGUACUACAGGUUAGGCACUUAUUGAAUGACGGCAAGAUGAUCCGUAAGAUGAUUGAUGCAGAGAUGGCUCGAAAUUCUUACACCAUUGAAUCAAUAUCCAUGUUUGCCAAUCUUGCAUCGCGAUGUGUCCAUCCUGAGAGUAACGAGAGACCUUCAAUGAAAGAUUGUGUCAAAGAAAUUCAAAUGAUUAUCUAUACAAAUACAAAAGGCUUGGGAAUGGUUAUGCAUAGCUUAAGAAUGCUCUAGUGUUAAAAAUGUGUAACCAUGGUUUCCUAUCGAUUUGAACAAAUUAAACUAUUCUAUUUUUUGUAGUAGGUUCUUUUGUUCAUGUUUAGAUAUCGAACUGAAUGGUGUGACCAAGAAAUAUUUGUCAUGGUUGUACAUAAAGUCA